UUAUGUAGUUGCUUCUACCUAUUUUCUAAAAUUUGUAGCUCAUGUGCAUAUUAUUUUCAAAGUAAAAACUAUUUUACAUUUCGUUGCAACGUAUACGGUACUGAAUCAGGGUGUGGCUCAUACAUACCUAAAAAUGUUGGCAAAAACACGUGUGUGCAAAAUUUGUGGCUAAUGGGAAUACCCAUCUCGGACGAACAGGACUGUUACUACAUGAUCCCUGAAUACAGGAAGAAGCAUUGUUUUACCUAUGUAUUUUACCACUUAAAUAUUUGUAGUUUGUACUUUAUAUGUACAUACAAAUAAAUGCCAAACAUUCCCAAUAACGAACUCAUCACACAUCGCCCAAAAAGCAUGUGUUUAAAUCUACAGAAUCAUCCCAUCUUCAAGAUUACUGUGGCGAUUGUGGUGACGGUUUUGUACUUUCACUGGAUGACACAGAUUCACGAAAAGCAUGACAACCUUAUCAAGCAAAGCGGAGAAGAUACUGUCGAACUAUUACGGAGUUUUGAGACGAAAACACUAUCAUCAUUUGAAUCCCUGAAAAAUAAAGUAGCAUCACUAUCCCAGCCAACUCAACCAACUCAAACAGAAGGAAAUAAAAUAGAUUUUGGUGUAGCAGAUACAGGAUUUUGGGAAGGAAUGUACGCCAAAUCGAGACAUGUAUUUGAUGAACCAUUAGCGACGGCAUUGAUAACAUUUUUGAAAGCGGAAAAUGUGAAAACUCUCCUGGAACUCGGUUGUGGGACGGGUGCAUACGCCAAACAAAUGAAAGCUGCCGGAAUUUUGGUAGCCUGUUACGAUGGAAAUCCACAAACUCAAGAUUUGUCCGAGGGUCGUUGUGGCGUCGUGGAUUUGAGUAAACCACUGGAUUUUGUCAAUUCGAAUGGACACUUUCACUCGAAGUUGGGGAACAUAUUCCAAAAGAAUUUGAGGAUAUUUUUAUAACAAACGUCAGUGGGGCGAAGAAUGGAUUAAUUCUUAGCUGGGCGAUUGAAGGACAAGGCGGAACAUCGCAUGUUAACAAUCACAAUAAUAGCUAUAUACGGGAUAAAAUUGAACCAAGAGGGUUUGAGUCUGAUUUGGAGAUGGAGAAAGUUUUUAGAGAUGCGGCUCGUAAUGGAUGGUUUAAAAAUACUAUAAUGGUAUUUCGGAAGAGCUCUAGGAAGGAAUGAUAUAGCGGUCAGGCAGGGUUAGUGAGAUAAUUGUGGUCAGUGGAUUUUUUACGUAAAAACACCAUAUUUUCACAAACCAAAUAAUUUUAUAUCACACUACAACUCAAAAAUUAACUGAAUCAUAACUGCA